AUGAACUCGAUACCAUUUCCCCGCAAGAACAUCAUCUAUUCAGACAUUGAGGCUCACACCAUUGAGAAACAACGGAAAGAAUUGCAACUGUUAAUUGGGGAACUAAGAGAUCGGGACCGAGAGCUUAGUGAGAUGGUUCUGGCACAUCAGAGACAGCUUAUAGCAUGGGAAGAUGAUCGGCAGAAGGUGCUGACUUUGGAAGAACGAUGCUGCAAAUUAGAGACUGAACUGCAUAAAAGGAGUGAAAUAGUUAGAACUCUCACCAAGAGGAUCAAAACCCUAGAAUCUCAACAAAACGACCACCAGGAGGCUCUUCAGACAGCCCAGCUACAGCUCCAAGAAAUGGUUCAAAAGGCCACCCAUGCUUCUGUUGUCUGUGAGGACCUCGAGGGAAAAAACAAAUGUCUCAACAACUCAGUAAUGGAACUUUCUGCGCAGGUAGGACAGUUACAAGCUCGAGAACAGGCACUCACUACAAUGAUAAAGCUUAAGGACAAAGACAUUGUUGAGGCAAUCAAUCAUAUUACAGACUGUUCAAGUAAAUUUAAGUUGCUAGAACAUGCCUUACAUGAUGCCAAAAUGGUGGAAUCCUGCAUUUUCAAGGAAAAGCAAGAUUAUAAGCAGAAAAUGAAAAUGCUGAAGUUUGAAGUAAAUAAGCUAAAAGAUGACCUGAAUGAAAAGACAAAUGAAAAUAACGAGCAGCGAGAAGAGAUUAUUCGCCUCAAACAAGAGAAAAGUUAUCUUCAUGAUGAGUUGCUCUUUACUGUCGAGAGAGAAAAGAGGAAAGAACAAUUACUUGAUAUCGCAAAAUCAAAGCAAGAACGAACUGAUACUGAACUACAUAAUCUGAGACAGGUAUAUGUCAAGCAGCAAAGUGAUCUGCAAUUUCUUCAUUUUACUGCAGAAAAUUGUAGGGAUGACUCAAGGACGGAUGAAUCACGGAUUCAUGAGACCAGCAGAGAAAUAAGUAUAACAGAUCUUGAAAGUAACAACCCCAAAGUCAUCAUUAAGAGAGAGGGAAAUCCGAAGAUGUAUGUGAGGGAUCAUGAGUUUGAGGCCUCCCAAGUUCAACAUUAUAGGCCAGAAAAGAGCGGUUACGAGUCAUGCAAAGAAGAAAGGAGAGUUCAUUAUCCUUUGUAUGGGGAAGAAAAUUGUCCUGGCGCUCCAGCCAUUUUUCCAAAAGAUUCACUAGAAAGGCAAAGGCCCCUGCUCACAAAGGAGAAAGUACAGUUUACUUCCACAAACCCAGCUGAGUCCAAAAGGAGAAAUACAAUGUGCAGAAACAGUAUAAAGUCGGCCAAGAGCAGCGAGAGCGAGAUUCUGAGCCGAGAGCACCACCACCACUUUGUGCCCGACCACAAGCAUUGCGAUUUAAACAUCUACGUGACCCCAGGCUUGGCGAGAUCAAAGCAGGUGGACAGACUGGAAAUGGAGUGUCACGAGCAGGUGGAGAUGACAGAAACCUCCUGUUCUCAAUACAAUGAGGGCUCUUUGAGUGAUUCAGACAUUUGUGACUCGAAAUGCUGCCACCCCAGUAACUUCGUCAUUGAAACCUCAGCUCGAGGCUCUGUCUCUGACUUGGAGUGGAUGAGGAUUUUCAAGCCUUCUAAAGUAGAGAGAACUGUUCGACCCAAGACUGUUUGCACAUGUGCAAGGAGUGUCUGUGGAAUAAAGUAUCACACCUUCAAAAGCCCACCAAUCGCCUUCUGGCAUUCGCACCGCAUGGGCUCCUCCAAGUGCCAACCAAAGCCCACCGAUGAGAGGCUCGCAGAUUUCUCUUCAGAUAAAAGGCAUUCAAUUGGAUUUUUGUCAAGCAGCAGAGGCCCAGAUGCUAUCCACCAUCAAGAUGAAUGUUCUCCCACAAGUAAGCUUCAGCGCUUGCUGGCAGAAUCUCGAGAGAUGGUUACUAAUCUGGAACUCAACACUCUGCUCCCUGUUAGCGCUAGUAAUACCAACAAUAGCACAGAAUUCUCAGAUGUAACGGCCAACAAAGUGUCACUGCCAGUGAUUGAGGAAAACAACUGUUGAGUCCAGCAGUUUCCAGAGCAAUCGAGGAAGCAGAUUUCUUGUCUAUGUGGAAGGAAAGAAGCAGACGUCCUUGCAUAAUACUUACUUUGAAAAAAAGAGGAUUAGAAUUCUUCAUAAGCCACAAACAGUUAAUACCCAAAGGCACCAGAAGCUCAAAGACCGAUUCUUAACACCAGUAUUUUGGAUGCAGUCAAGUUAGUAGUUUCCAAAUGUCAGAAAUAUAUAUUUACAUACCUAGAUGCUAGGCCUUAUUGGCAUAUAUUUGUGAAACCGAACUUGGUAUUUUGCUAAGAAAAACCUGACUCGAGUGUGUAGAGAUGCCCUCCCGCAAAAUGUUAGAGAAGCCUUGGGAAAGCACAACCAUCAAAGUGAGAGCCCCACCAGCCGGCGAAGAAUUGUCCCCAAUUCUCCAUUCUUCUGGUGAAUGGUCUGAACUCUUUUUUAAUUCCCGUACAUGCAUUUUUAUUUCUACUGGUCUGUUACCAGGGUCAGCUCAUAAAUGCCAAAGAAUUGGCAUUCUCUUAUUAUUUGGUUGUUCCGGCUCUGGACUUUGCUAUGUAAAUAGACAUGAAAUAAUGUGCGAAGUGUUUUUAACUGGAAAGUACUUCCUGAGUGACUGAAAAUUGACGUCUUUCAGCCCAAAAAAACCCCGAGCUGAGCAAUUCCCCUCCUCUAGUCUGGGGCCCCUCGUCCACCAAAGCUCGCUAGGAGAUCAAGUGUUAUGUGUGCUAUUUUUUUUUUUACCUCUAAGGAAUGAGAACAGUUCUGUGUUUAACUUGUAAAGUCAUUUUAUUUUUUAAAAAUAUGCCAUGUGUGUCUGUCUCUUCUGAGAGAAGCAAC